AGACGGGUGCUGAGAGUGGAAGCGCCUGAGAGAGAGCAGUGAUCCGGGAAGGAGGGGGUUAACACUGCUCUCUGAUGGAUGAAAAACUCAGGUCUUUGAGAAAAGCUUACUGGACGCCCGGAGACUCUGUAAGCCGCUUCCUGUUUCUCAGACUCUAUUGUCACAACUUGACAGUGGUCUUUCAAACAGUGUAUAACAGGUUAGGCACAGGGUCCUGUGUCCCUGGUUCUCACUGUACAGUGAGAGAGAGAGAGAGAGAGCAGGAGGAAGGAUAACUGAUAAACACAGGAGGAGAGAGACAAACGUAGCACCUGGUGCAGGACCUGGAGGCGACCAUGAAAUUUGGAAGUGACUUUGUAAUUCUCGCACUGAAGUAUAAGACUGACUGUGAAUCCAGCUGAGCUCAGGGUCUGGGUGAGUGAUGCCAAGUUUCGGCUGAGGGUGCUGCUGGAGAAAGGUUUUGUGAAAAAAAAAGGAGAAAUGCUUGACUGAAUAACAACUUGCUGCUGAACCGAAGAACCGGCUGCUGUUGGCAAACGCAGAGAUUGGAACUAAACAGCCUGGCACCAUGGGGCAGAGGGAGUUCAGAGCAUGGGAGUGAAUUGGCCCAGCUCCUGUCAUCAUCUGGGACUCUGCACAGUCCACCGGGGACUCUCCACCACAUCGAGCCGCAACUUCGACUUUUAAGGCGGGGUUUCACGUGACGGGACGUCAACUUGCAAAUUUCCCGAGUAGGUUGGAUCCCCCCACUCCGCCGCCAAACUUUACAGCGAUUGGGAAAAGGAUACACAUUGGGGAAUAUAACAGCGCCCUUCCAUCGCCACAGACCAGACUCCAUUGGAAGCAGUGCGCCCGCCCCUCCCCCCCUCACUCCCCUGACUGGCUUUGUUCAUGGAAACUGGUUGAGCCCUAGCGGGGAGCACUGUCCCACACCGUUGACUGGGUGGCGUGCGUUUCAGGCGAUGGGUUCGUCCGGGAGAUUGGCGACACCGAUGGCCUGAGCGCUCCCCUGCCCCGCAUCUCACUCCCCCCCUCCCCCCCCCCCCACCCCCAUCCCCCGCCCACAACCUCCCGCCGAAGAAAAUGUGCAACGUUAGCGAUGAGAGCUGCGACGUGGACUCCCGGCUGGACAGCCUCUUCCCUCCGACGCUGUACAUCUUCGUCAUCGUCAUCGGGCUCCCCACCAACUGCCUGGCCCUCUGGGCGGCCUACCUGCAGGUCAAGCAGAGGAACGAGCUGGGGGUUUACCUCCUCAACCUCUCCAUCUCCGACCUGCUCUACAUCGCCACCCUGCCGCCGUGGAUCAACUACUUCCUCCACCAGGACAACUGGAUCCUGGGCCCGGAGUCCUGCAAGCUCUUUGGCUUCAUCCUCUACACCAACAUCUACAUCAGCAUCGCCUUCCUCAGCUGCAUCUCAGUCGACCGCUACUUGGCCGUGGCCCACCCGUUGAGGUUCGCCAAGAUCCGUCGGGUCAAGACGGCAGUGGUCACGAGCGUGGUGGUCUGGACGAUCGAGAUCGGCGCCAACUGCGCCCCACUCUUCCACAAUGAGCUCUUCGAAGACCGCUUCAACCACACCUUCUGCUUUGAGAAGUACCCCAUGGAAAAGUGGGUGGCCCAGAUGAACCUCUACCGCGUCUUCAUCGGGUUCCUCUUCCCCUGGAUCCUAAUGUUGUUUUCCUACCAGGGCAUCCUCAAGGCCAUCAAGGGCAACCUGUCCACCGAGAAGGGGGAGAAGGUGAAGAUCAAACGCCUGGCCCUCAGCCUCAUCGUCAUCCUCCUGCUCUGCUUCGCGCCAUACCACAUCAUCCUGCUCCUGAGGAGCGUCAUGUACCUGAGCAGGCCGUGGGACUGCAGCUUCGAGGAGAACAUCUUCACGGCCUACCACGUCUCGCUGGCCCUGACCAGCCUGAACUGCGUGGCCGACCCCAUCCUGUACUGUCUGGUGAAUGAGGGCGCCCGCAGUGACAUGACCAAGGGCCUGGCGCCGCUCCUGAAGUUCUUCGCCAGCUCCAAGUCGACGGAUAUUGCCCGGUCCGUCACCCUGGACACCCCUCUCUCCUCCAAAAAAUCCCAAUAUUUCAACAUUGAGCUGGUGGUACUGCGGGAGGACUGUAUUCAAAUGAAGACUUUGAGUUUAUAAAGAAUGAAGGACUAAAAAAAUAAAAUCCAAGGGUUGAAUGUUGUUUUAGUAUUGUUAGCAUCAUAAAUGUAUUUUUAUAACAAUCCUGUAUGCGGCAAUGAUUUUUAUUUUAAAAGAAACCUUAUUUAAAUCAUUUUGAACUGCUGAGUAACCCUCCCAUCAGGCCUCCAUUUUCUUUCCUGCCGUCUAUUUUGAGAUUUACUUUGUCUCCUUCUCCCUUGCCGUACUUCCUGUGGCCA